AUGGAUAAACCUAAGAAACAAGGCAAAGGUGGGAAUCCGAUUGCCGAAGAAUCUUAUAAUCAGUUUAUUGGUGAUUCAUCAAAUUUGCCCAAUGACCAGGUAAUUAAUGAUAUAUUUCUGUCUCGUAAGACCCAGCAUGCUGAAGAUGCUGUAGAUUAUGAAGAUAUCGAUGAAUUAGCUGAUGAUGAUGAAAUUGACUUAAAUGACGAACAGGAAUCAAGUAUUCCUCAUGAUGAUGUAGAUAAUAACGAAGGAGACCUUCAAGAACAGGCCGAUGAAGAAUUUGACAAUAUGUUUGGAAACGAUGGCGGUGAAGAAAACAACAUGGAUGAAGAUAAGUUUGGUUCGUAUUCGGACAAUAAUAAUCGUCUAUUUAAUGACUUGAAUAAUACUGACAACUUGGUUGAUGAUGAUGGUUUUCAUGAUUUGAACAUGGGUGGAAUAUUUGAAGAUGAUAUACAAAAUAGGGAGAGUCAUUCUGCGCAACCAGACAGAAAGCGGGCCCGCCCAUUGGAACUGGAGGAGAAUAGAAGAAUAAAGAAGCAAAAGCUCGCAAGAAUUGUAAAGAAACUAGAAGAGAGGAAUACGAAGAAGAGUUUAGCUUACUAUUUCCCCAAUUAUGCUAAAGAUAAACCAUUUAACAAUCACACGUUGUUUCUACCAUCUCCCAAGUACUAUUCCUAUCUUCGUCCCCCAAUAGCAUUAAAAUCUAACGUUAAACCAUUAAUUCCAAAUAAAUUAUCAUUGAAAAUUGAUGUUGACCAAAGAAAAUUAUUUAAGGCUAAAAAGUUACCACUAAACGACAGCUCCGAGAAUGCAAAAAAUAACAUAAUAAAUAUCACGUCAAACGAUUUAGACAUAAUAGAAGAAUUAGAAAAAAAAGGCGUUCAAAAGGUAUCUAACCUAAACCCAAUUUCAUUCUUGAGUCUGGAUGGAACAAAUAAUGAUAAGUUUUCUGAAUUCUCGAAAGACUUGAUUCUAUCUACGACUUAUUGGGAUGAUGAUGCCAUUAUUAAUGCAGGUGAUAAAAAGUACGAUACUGGCGUUCCUGUCAAAGUCGAGCAAAGAUCACUUGAUAUGGAAUCUGAUUACGAAGAGGAUGAAAACAUAUUUAAUGGACAAAUAACUGAAAAGAACUUGAAGUUAGACAUGAACGAUCCUAAUUUAUUAUUUGUGCCUGAUAAGUCUGCAUCUGAAAAAACAAAAUCCAAGGCUGUUAUUCCUACUAAUGAAAAAUUAUUGGAAAUGAAAUUCAAUAUUUCUAAUGAUAAAGAAUAUGAAAUAUUAAAGAAUAAUUACAAUACAAAGGUUAGAAGUCAAUUGAGUAACUUAAAUAUUGAACAUUCAAUUCCAGCACUACGGUUGCAAACUCCUUACUAUAGAGUUAAGUUGACUAAAGAGGAAGCAAGAUCUUUCCAUAGACCUAAAUUUAAUGUCAGGCCGGGUACAUUAAUAAGUUUUUCGAAAUUGAAGUUGCGUAAGAAGAAAAAGGACAGAGGUAAAACAUCCCAAGAAAUAUUUACAAAGUCUUCGGAUUUAACAACUUCAGACACGAGUGCUCUUAUUGGGAUGGAAUACGCAGAAGAAUAUCCUCAAAUUUUAUCGAAUUUUGGUAUGGGUUCUAAAUUAAUUAAUUAUUAUCGAAAGGAAAAGGAAGAUGAUAAUUCGAGACCAAAAGCUCCGUUAGGUGAAACUCAUGUUCUCGGUGUAGAAGAUAGAUCACCGUUCUGGAAUUUUGGCCAUGUUGCUAAGGGUGAUUUUGUCCCAACUCUAUACAACAAUAUGGUACGUGCUCCCGUUUUCAAACAUGACACUACCCAAACCGACUUUUUGCUUGUUCGAUCACAGGGAGCUGGUAAUCAUCAAAAAUAUUUCUUGAGAAAUAUUAAUCAUCUCUUUGCUGUGGGAAAUACAUUUCCUGCUGUGGAAGUCCCUGCUCCACAUUCUAGGAAAGUUACUAAUACUUCUAAAAACAGGUUGAAGAUGAUUGUAUUUCGUGCAAUGAAUAUGAAUGAUGAAUCCCGUGUUUCUGUAAAGACUAUUGCACAUCAUUUUCCCGAUCAAAACGAUAUGCAAAAUCGUCAAAGAUUGAAGGAGUUCAUGGAAUAUCAAAAACACGGUGAGGAUCAAGGAUAUUGGAAAAUUAAGAAUACUGACAUUGUGCCGUCAGAAGACGAGAUUAGAUCUAUGAUCACUCCUGAAGACGUGGCGUUAUUAGACAGUAUGCAAUAUGGGCAGCAGACAUUGGAGGAUUUGGCCUUUUUGUUCAGUAAUGAGGCAGGAUCCAAAAAAGAGGAUAUCAAAAAGGAAAAUAAGAAAGACAAAUCUAGAGAUGAGAAUACUAGUGAUGGUGAAAAAGAGAAAGACAAACCUAAAGAGAAGAAUGAGAAAGAGAAGAAAUCAAAAUUGAAAGAUAAGGACAAUGAUAAAGAUAGAGAUAGGGAUCUUGAAGAAGAAGAAGAACUCGCACCAUGGAAUUUAACUCGUAAUUUCGUAAAUGCCAAUCAGACUAAGGCAAUGCUCCAACUUAAUGGUGAAGGAGACCCUACAGGCAUUGGAUUAGGAUUUUCAUUCUUUAGAUCGACACAAAAAAGCAGUUUCACUCCAUUAUUUGCACCCGUUAAGGAAAACGUUCCUAAAAACAAUACUGCUGCGUAUCAGCAAAAGCUUUAUGAGAAUGAAGUUUCAAGAAUAUGGUACGCGCAAAGAAGAUCUUUGACUGUAGAUCAACUGGAUGGUCAUGAUUUAAGUACUGUGUACAAUGAAUAUAAACCGGCAGACCAUGAUCGAGCAGUAAAACAUAAAAUAGCAAAAGAUAAAGACAUUGCUAUUAAUGAAGAAAUUGGAUCUGCCGAGAAUAAGGCUUUGAGGAUAACAAGAAGAUUCCGUGAUGAAAAUGGUAUUGUUCAAAGACGAGUUGAUACUAUUACUGAUCCAAGAUUAAUACGAGCAUAUAUAAGACGUAGAAAGCAAAUUGAAGAUGAAUUAUUAAGGAAUGCCGAGGUUGACGAUAUUAUUCCGACGAAUGAUAAAGAAUUAAACAAACUCCGUCGUAAGGCUUUAGAAGAAAAAUUGGCUAGUUUGGAAAAGAAAGCCAAGCUGGGGAAAGGUAGAAAACCUUCCAAGGAUGUAUUGCAUAUAGCUGCAGCUGCCGGUGGAAAAGUGAUCGAUGCUAACACUGUAAUGUUACCAGACGGUUCUUAUGCUUUUGGUGGCAAAGGUAUUGGUAAGGGUAAAAGUAAAACUAGAAGAUGCGCCUCGUGCGGUGCAUUUGGUCACAUUAGGACCAAUAAGUCAUGUCCAUUAUUUUAUCAGAAUAAUGAAAAAGAAGCUUCUACAGAAACCAACACUACUGUUGGUGCUGAAACUUCUGUACCGCCUCCGUCUUUUCCUCAGGCGGGACCGUCAGGUCAGUAG